AUGGCUCUUCGUGGAGCUACUCUACUUCGUCGAUCCAGGUACUUGCUGGAACAGGUCCCCGAUGUCUUUGCCACAUUUGGGUGGGAGAGGCGCUUGACUGUUAUCCAUCAUCCUGGAGUAAUGGCCAUCUCUAAACUUUUGGACCAGAGGACUGUCGUUAGGCCCAGGGCUACCUUCAAUCAGGAGCUCGUUGAGGAGAUAGGCGACUACGAUGAGGACCUGCAGAGGAAGGCGCAAGUCGCUCUGGACAACGGGUUGGCUAUCGAAUGGCGCGUGCUCGAUUUCAUCGAUGAUGAGCUUCCUCGUCUCCUAGCCGAAAAGCGUGAGAUAGAGAAAGCCAGAGAGCAGGUCAUGAAUAAGGCCCCUGGAGACUACACCCAACCAGUCUUCGACUCUUCUGUGGUCGUACCAACGCCAGCUAAUCUCGGCCGUAACUAUCCUACUCUCAAUGUCCCUGAUGGAGAUCCGACUGAGACCGCCCCUUUGAACGUUGGAGAGGAGCGUAAACCUGAGGUUGCAGCAUGAGAAGGCCAAGCUUUUUUAACAUUUGAUAUCGCAUUCGUACAGGCUGGGCCUAUAAGGCUCGGCCAUUACACUAUGGAGUUCUGGAAGAGACUUGAAAUGUGAUGAUGGUGGAACUCCUACAUUAUCCGUAGA